CCAACACAUCUCCAUAUAUUCACCCUGCCUCCCCUUCUUCCUCUCCAUCAUGCUCUGCUCUUCCUCUCCCCUUCUUCCCCUUUCCAUUGCUCGGGCCCUCUGCUCUCUCUCCCUUCUUCGAUCUUCCGACAGAUAAAGAAAAGCCUGAAAGAAUUUGAGUUCAUCCGUCUGGCUUAUCAAGUUCUUCUUCUCCUUGAUCCUUAGAUUUAUACGUUCUAAAAUCCUGGCAAGGAUUUUACCUUUCUUAUAGCGAAAGCUUUAUAAAAGCCUCAAAAUCAUGUAAGUUGAGCCCUCCUUCUCCUUAGCUAUCUUCUCCUAAAAAAAAAAAAAAAAAAUUAUAGAAAAACAAAAAUCCCAAAAAGAAAGAGAGUUUUUGUGCGUCGAUUUCGGAGAGGCAAUGGGGGAGCCAGCGACGCCAAACCUGUCGGCGCCGGCGACACCCGGGACGCCCGGAGCGCCGCUGUUCAACUCGCUCCGAGUCGACUCGCAGUCCUACGAUCGAAAGUCGAUGCCGAGGUGCAACAGCUGCCUGCCGGCAUCGUCGGCCACGUGCUUCACCGAGUUCCCAAAGCCCGACAUCUCGCUCACCCGCAAGCUUGGAGCCGAAUUCGUUGGGACAUUCAUCCUCAUCUUCGGCGCCACCGCCGCGCCGAUCGUGAACCAGAAAUACAAUGGCGCCGAGACGCUGAUCGGCAACGCGGCUAGCGCCGGAUUGGCAGUGAUGAUCGUCAUCCUGUCGACAGGCCACAUCUCCGGCGCCCACCUCAACCCCUCCCUCACCAUCGCCUUCGCCCUGCUCCGCCACUUCCCCUGGGCCCACGUCCCCGCCUACAUCGUCGCCCAGGUCUCCGCCUCCAUCUGCGCCUCCUUCGCCCUCAAAGGCAUCUUCCAUCCCUUCCUCUCCGGCGGCGUCACCGUCCCCUCCGUCACCACUGCCCAAGCCUUCUUCAUCGAGUUCGUCAUCACCUUCAACCUCCUCUUCGUCGUCACCGCCGUCGCCACCGACACGCGCGCGGUCGGCGAGUUGGCCGGAAUUGCCGUCGGAGCCACCGUCAUGCUCAACAUUCUCGUAGCAGGGCCUUCGAGCGGGGGAUCCAUGAAUCCUGUUCGAACCCUGGGGCCGGCAGUGGCGGCGGGCAAUUACAAGCAGAUAUGGAUAUACCUGCUGGCGCCGACUGCCGGCGCGAUCGCCGGAGCUACGGUGUACACGUUAGUGAAGCUGAAGGGAGAAGACGAGGCGAUCCCGGCGCGGCGGAGCUUCCGUCGCUAGAGUGGUUUAAAAAAAUCGAUCCAAUCGCGUUUGUUUGCUUAGUUAAUAAAUAAUUAAUAUUCGGAGUUAUGCAAUCGGAUUAAUAAUAAUGCGGCCUUGACGGCGAUGGAUGAGACGCUAAGUCAACGCUCGUGAUGUGGAACUCAGUGUCGUGGACGUUGAUGUUAAACUAGUGGUUACUGUGUGUGAUUGAGUAGGGGCGGGCGAAUCAUCGCUUCUGGUGCUUGAUGUAGUCCGUGAAUAAAGUGGGCGGCACUGGUACACUGCACUGCACUACGGUGUCCGCCCCACGCCAUAACAUGAUUUAAUUAGUCUGCUUAAUCUCCCUGUUUUUCUUAUAAUUAAGCUUCCUUGUUAUUGUGUUCUC